GUCUGACUCACAAGGUAUUUGGCAGCGAGUGGCGGUGCUCUAGGUGAAGCACUUCCGCGCAUCGCCAGGAACCUAUCAAGGAGAAAGGAACAAUCAACGAGGAAGGAGGCCGAGACCUGGCGAUGAUGGAGUGCCGACAGGAGCUCGAAGACCUGAUCUUGGAGGUGUAUGAAAACCUACAAAGCGACGGAGUCAACAUUCUUCUGCCCGACGACAUUGCUCGCAAAAUUCAUGGCAUGGUCCAUUUGCAUCGAGCGUGCUCGAAGAGUGGAGACGUUGCCGCCGACGGCAGUUUGAUUGCUUGCGGCCCUGGUUGCAGCCACAACCAGAAAGACGAACAACCCGAAACGAACAACAAUCUCGAUGAUAACAUCCCGAACAUCCCCGAAGAAGAAAUAUUUCGUGUCCAACAGAUGAUUGAGGCCUACAUGGCUCAGAUCGACAAGGAAGUAACUCCAAUGGUUGAGCAAGCGAUUGCAGUUGCGACGACACACGUGGCUGGGCCAUCCGAUUUAGGCAACAGGGUGGUGGAGUCCAUCGUCGCUGACGAAGACGUUCAUGUGCGCAAUUCAACGUUGGAGUCGAUUCCAGAGAGUCCUCUUGCACCGCUGUCCCCCGCGUCUGCUACCCCUUGGUGUUCUGCUCAGGACCUCACCAACACGGAAGUAAGCAUGGAAACAUCUAGUCAAUACUCAAUGGACGACGAGUUGAAGGAGAUCGAGUCGCUGAACAACCAGUAUGACGAAAUGUUUCAAUUCAUGCAAAAGGAGUUUCCCGAUUUGGCAACCCGGUACUCUCCCGGCCUCGACGCCACUGAUGUGGAGUCUUGUGAUGGAUCCGUAAUGGACGACCCAGCCCAAGAUUUGACGCCGCCUCCAUCGCCAAAACCCAUGAAGUCGAAGCUUCCCGUGAUGGACGGGCGACGAGCUACAAAACAAUACGUGGCACCUGCUAGCGUCUCAAAGGUUAUGAUGAUGAAGAAGUCGUCGAACACGGAGUCCUCGACACAGUUCAAGUGCGCUGUGCAGACUCCUCUGCCCACUCCUCUCAAGAAUAAGGUGGCGCAAGCUCCGCCGACCAAGACCAGCCGCAGCCGGUUGCGGCCCCCGGCGUCGGUCCCCAAGCCUGCAACACUCCCCCUACGCACGCGAAAAUUUUCGACGGCAUCGGAUUCCAGCGAUGUUAUCAUCACAUCUGUGCCAAAGCAAGAAUCCAAGCAGGACCUGGCUGCGAAGAGACGUGAAGAGAAGGAGAAGCGCGAGGCUGCGGCGCGUGAGGAGGCGCAGAAGGUUCGCGAACAUCGCCGACUUCUCGCCGAAACCAAGGCCGAAGCCGAGAAGGCAGCCCGCGUCGCUAAGAUCGACCUCGUGAAGCGGCGGCGAGAGGAGCGCGACAAACGCGUGCUCGCGAUCAAGUAGCUGCCGCCGCUCUGCUUAUCAUCUCUUACUUUAUUCAACAGUUUUUAAUUUCAGGCACGCCACGAUGUUGUCUUGUGUUUGGGAUGACGCUCUCGGUCGAAAGGCCCGCUUCAUGAGGA